UCUUGGCAUUUUCACAACUCUCGGAAAUAGGCAGUUCAAUAUUCUACAGCGGGACAAAGGUUUUCAAAACUUGUAUUUCCUAACCGUUGUGUGGAUAAAGGAACAAUGAACACGUAUCUGAAACUUGCGGUCAGUUUUUAUAUGCAUCUCAAACAAAUGGCCACCUCCCUAUAUCCCCAUUUCAACUUAUGCAACUCCUCAACUACACCUUCUCCUGUACUGAAACUUUGAUUCUGUUUCUAUGGAUUGCUCCCCACUUUUCCUCCACUCUUCUUAUCCAACAACCACCCACAUUAGAAGCUGCCAUUGUCCUUAUGCUGGUGUACACAGUGUUGGGCUUCAAUUGAAUCUGAAGGGUCAAUCUUUAUUUGCUUGUCGAGUCCAGGGCACAAGUGAAAAUGUGGAUUCGAGCAUUGCUGGUGUUUCUUCUUCUUCUUCCAAUUAUUUGGGAGAUGAAAAUGGUUCUCUCUUUGGUGGUUUGGAUGAGGAGAAGGUCACUUCUUUUACUACUUUAACUGCAGAAAUCACCCCUGAAACAACAGAUUUCUUUGUUAGUGACGCGGAGGAUGACCCUGACUGCCCAUCAGAGGGUUUUUCUUCGAUAGACCAAGCUAUUGAUGCACUUAGUCAAGGAAAGUUUAUUAUUGCUGUAGAUGAUGAAGGGGAUGACAUUGAAGGGGAUCUUAUAAUGGCAGCAUCUUUUGUAACCCCACAGGCUGUGGCUUUUAUGAUUCGUCAUGGGUGUGGUAUUGUUUCUGUUGCAAUGAAGGAGGAGGAUUUGGAGAGACUCAAGUUACCCAUGAUGUUUCCUGACAAUGACAAUGAGGAGACAUUUCACAAGUCUUUUACAAUUUCAGUGGAUGCAAAGGGUGGAAAAUCUGCUGGUGUUUCAGCCUUUGAUAGGGCAAAGACUAUUCUUUCUCUUGCAUCUUCUGAUUCAAAACCAGAUGAUUUUAGAAAACCUGGACAUGUAUUUCCUUUGAAGUAUAGAAAUGGUGGUGUCCUUAAAAGAGCUGGGCAUACUGAGGCUUCGGUUGAUUUAGUUACCUUGGCUGGCUUAAAACCAUUAUCUGCCAUUUGUGGGAUUCUUGAUCCCAAUGAUGGUUCAAUGGCCCAAUUGUCCCAGUUAAAGAAGAUUGCAGAGGAGUAUAGCUUACCAAUCAUAUCAAUCACGGACCUUAUCAGGUAUCGGAGAAAACGUGAAAAACUAGUUGAAAGGAUUGUUGUUUCACGUUUACCCACAAAAUGGGGUCUAUUUCAGGCAUAUUGUUAUAGGUCAAAGUUAGAUGGAUUCGAGCAUAUUGCUCUUGUAAAGGGAAAUAUUGGGAAUGGGCAAGAUGUCCUAGUAAGAGUACACUCAGAAUGCUUAACUGGUGAUAUUUUUGGAUCUGCUCGUUGUGAUUGCGGAAAUCAAUUAUCAUUGGCGAUGCAACUGAUUGAGCAGGCUGGUAGGGGGGUUGUUGUUUAUCUUCGUGGUCAUGAAGGAAGAGGGAUCGGUUUAGGUCACAAACUUCGUGCAUACAAUCUUCAGGAUGAAGGACACGAUACUGUGGAAGCCAAUUUGCAACUUGGGUUCUCUGCUGAUUCUCGUGAAUAUGGUAUUGGUGCACAGAUACUACGGGACAUUGGCGUGCGUACUAUGCAACUGAUGACUAACAAUCCAGCCAAGUUCACUGGCUUGAAAGGAUACGGGUUGGCAGUGGUGGGCCGCGUGCCUGUUAUCUCACUCAUCACAGCCGAAAACCAGAGGUACUUGGAGACUAAACGCGUAAAGAUGGGCCAUGUGUAUGGCUCCGAUUUGCCAAGCACCGUUGCCGUGGAUGUAGAUACUGACAAUCCAGCAAAAGAUACACUAUAACCCUGAAAGCAAGCAGGCAAUUGAUUUCUGCCGCACAAAAGAGUGGCAUCGAUGGCAAAGUAACGAAGGCACUUUUCCUAAUGAAAUUCCUGAAACGUUUAUUCUUUCCGUAGAAAUGGGUGGUUUGAAAAAAAAUUGGCUCACUAAAAUAAAAAUGAUAAGCAUGAAGAUGUUCACUGUUGGCACAAAAAAGUCACAAUCAUCCUUAAGAUGUAAAAUCAAAUACGACGAAGGCAUAAACCAAUGUUCAAGAAAGAAGAUCAGUUCGACUCACCAAUCUACUUUUAUGAGCAUUGGUUCACACUUUCGAAGCAGUGGAAUGGGUCCAAUGGUUGUUCCAUGUUGCUCCUUGAGUCUCCCUAGCUGGGGCUGGCCACAAACUGAGGCCCAAGGGUCUGGCCACAAACUGAGGCCGAAGGGUCGGGCUAGGACCAGUUUUAUAUUUUCUUCUUUGUUUUUGGCUGAGCCCAUUACGACCCUUAAUUCUAGCGUGGUGGCCCAAUGUUGUUGCAUGAUUCUACUUGGGGUGUAUGUGGUGCUUCUUGAUCGUUGAUUUUUCAAGGUGUAUCGUCAAUAAAGCAACGCACGGUAAACCAAAUAGAGUAAAAUACAAGCAGUCCAAAAAGAAAAGUGUUGAAAACAGGGGUUGGUGACCCAAACCGUGCAUCCAGAUUUCCGAAACCGGUCUUUGGAAUGCGACUACUCAACAGGUCAUUAAAAAAAUAUUGGAAAAAAAAAGUGGGUCUGGUUUUGACCCGUUCUCUAUUAGAUCUGGGCAGAACCGUGGCCUGUUUUGUUAGGGAAGUGGCUAUAACCGAUUGAGUCAUGAGUGGAACCGAUUGGUUUUCGAUAUUUUAGGGGACCUGAUUCGUCCCCGAUGAUUCCUCAUCCAAAUUGGUUAGAUCUAAUCCAGAUUGGCAUUUUUUCAAACAUUGGUUGAAAAUAUAGCCCAGUUAUGAGCAGUAUCCGCAAACUCGGACAGUCCAACUCAGAACCGACUGGUCAAACUGGAAUUGGCCACUGGCCGAUUUGGCUUUGGCCGGUUUUGAUGGUCUGGCCAGGAAAACAGAAUUCGAAAACAAAAUAUAUAAAAUUUCCAAAGAAUAAUGGACUUGUUUGUAAUGUGCUUUUGAAUGUUUAUUUAUCAUUUUGGCAUGGAACGGUUUUUUAGUCAUGAACACUUUCCUAUCUUUUUCUUAGGAAAGUUUGAAAGUACCU